AUGUAUGUGGAACCAUUCACUGUUGGAGUGUGGCUUUGUUGUCUCGCGGUGGGAAUGACACUAGCCGUCGCCCAGUGGCUCACCUCCAAGAAUGUGGAGGAGAAGGAGGGGGCUUUUAUAGGUGUGCUAGCCACGUGGCUCCAACAGGAUGCAAGUGCUGUGCCUGGAGGUUUAUCUGGGAGAUGGAACUUUACUGUGCUGUCAGUAUGCUCCAUGCUGGUACACGCUUAUUACACGUCAGCCAUCGUGUCUUCUCUGAUGAGCAGUGGACGAGGAGGACCACGUAAUUUAAGACAGUUGGCUGACUCCAGAUACGCUAUAGCAUCAGACAAUCACGAUUUCUAUCGUUCUAAGAUGUUUGACGUGAAAACAACGUGGCCUGAUUUAGAAUAUCUGAAAAGAAAGAAAAUGGAUCCGUCAAAAUUCUACCAGAAUUUCGAAUACGGUAUCCAACUGAUACAACAAGGUGCCACGGCUUAUCACGGAGAAUAUCACUCGCUUUACCCCUAUCUGAAUACAUUUAGCGACGUCGAGAUCUGCAAGAUGCAACAGAUUGACACCGUACCAGAGAUAAUGACCUGGAUAUUAGCAUCACCUAAAGGACAAUACACAAAUCUAUUCCGUUCAGCUAGUGCUUGGCUAAAAGAGACUGGUUUAGCAAAACGACUGCUUAAUCGUAUCCGGAUUCAACCACCGCCGUGCAUGGCUGCAAUGCUGGCUGAACGUGUAACCUUCUGGGAUGUGUCACCGCUCUUGGCGGUAACAGCAUUAGCUGCGGUUAUGUCAUUCAUCCUCCUCGGAUUGGAAAUUGUAGUUGCUAAUUGGAGAGGAAAUCCGUUUUUAACGAAAUCAUCGAAUCCGAACUUACCCAGUCCGCCGACUUCAUACUCAACAAGUGCUUCAACCCCUGACUACACUGGCAAUACAGCGUCAUCAUUCGAAUCAAACUACAACUACCCACCGCCUCCCUACACAGCACCAUACUCAACUUUUGGCCCUCAGUUCACGUACUCUUACCCGCCAUCGCAAGGUUCUCCGACUACUGUUUCCAUUUCACCGCCAACACCUAGCAACCCAACCGUAACUAUAACGUCCACUUCAGUUCAGAACCCACCUUAUCCCCCUCCUGAAUUCUCUUAUUAUCCACCGGAAGGAGGGCAAUUAACAGAUAAUUAUUACCCUUCCUCGAAAUCUUCGUGGUCUCAGUACUACGAGCAAUAUCCAUAUCCAUAUCCACCACAAGCAUCAUAUCCCCCUCCUCCGCAAUGUUCAUCAUAUCCUAAUCCUUCAUCUCAUCCUCCACCUCCUCCUCCUCCUACACAACAACCGUCUCCAACACCAUUCUAUCCUCCUAAUAACCCACAGCAAUAUCAACAAUCACCUUCAUACCCGCCACAAAAUCCCUCUCAGCAACAAUAUGCGCAAUCAUACUCUCCUCCUGGACCAACGUACGCAAGCAAUCCACCAAUGUCAUAUUCAUCUCCUCCUUCAUACACUCCUAGUACCACGAGCUCUUGCCCGUCACAAUGUCCUUGCAAUUCAUCACCCAAACCAGAUUAUCCUUUUCCACCUUGUCCACACUCAUCUUACCCGCCUCAACCACCCCCUGUAUGCCCAACUUCUCCAGUUUAUAGUCCAGAGUACUAUAAAUCACAGCCGUAUCAAACCCCAAAUAACAUGAUUCCAUCAUAUCCACCAGUACCUUUCUCAGAGCUGUCAUAUUACACAUAAGUUAUCCUUUAAUUUCUUUAAUUUUAUAUCGGUCUCUCUUUAACUCUCCUAUGGAGAGAAUAUCGAUGAGUAUACAUUCUCUAUUAUAGGUGUAUCCAGCAAUCAAGAGUACAAUUUUGAUUUUUGUGGAAUAUAUUGAAUUAUGUUGUUUCCUAUUUUUAUUAAAAAAUAAAUUAUUGUUAAAAAUCAUCUGUAGUUUGAGUUAUGGGAAUAUAAUCUAGAUGUAAACUUACUCAACCUUAUUUUUUGCUUCGCCAUAGGACUUGU